AUGGAUCUUCUUCAAAUGACAUACGUGGUUCCUUCUGGCAAUGAUUUCUUGCAUACUUUUUUAAGCUCUCGUUUUGAACAGUCAACAGAUGCAAAAGAUCCAUCCACUGACUUUAAUAAAUUCUUUACUGACACUAUUUCAGUAUCUUUACCAUUAUUUGAGAAUAAAAUUAAUAAAUUAGUUUUAGUUGCUAUUGCUUUUUUAAGAUCUUUUGGUGUUUCGAUUUCUAUAAUUGUAACUACAGUAUUAAUAACUUUGAAAAUUUUGGGUUCACAACGUAAACAAAUUUUUUCACUGAACACACCGAAGGCAGUAAACGGCAAAAAAUUACCAAACUUCUCUCAACCAUCUGUUGCUCGUAAGACGUUCAUCGCUCCAAAAUUCAUUAAACUCAUAAAAAUUUCAACAUAUGAUCUCAUCCUGAACUUCCAAUCAUCAACCGUAUUAAUGUUCGAUGAUGCUUGUCUUUAUUAUUUGAUCCCGUUACCUAAAGCACUUUGA